AGUAGUCGUAGCAUGGAGAAUAAACCUACAGGUGACUGCUACCACAGACGCAAUGCCGCCUCUGACUGUUCUAAUAACUACCCUUUGUGUACUAUUCUCUAAUGAGGCUAUUGGGUAUAACUUAACUGUGGAAACAAAUCAUGGGUAUGUGCGCGGAUAUGAAGCCGUCAGUUUAGCUAACUCAAAUGUUACCUACUACGCAUUCCAAGGCGUUCCUUACGGAAAACCUCCUGUAGGAUCAUUAAGAUUUCAAAAUCCUCAACCUGUUGCCUCGUGGGACGGAGUAAUAAAUGCUACAAGUUUCAAACCAGUAUGUGCAGCACUUGAAGUUGGUCAGGUUUUGGUUGGAAGUGAAGAUUGCUUAUAUUUAAAUGUUUACGUACCAAAGACUAACCAGAAUAAUGAAGAAUUGUCAUUACCGGUAGUGGCAUGGAUACAUGGAGGUGCAUUUACUCGUGGAAAUGCUCAAUUCAAUCCCUCAUACCUAAUUGAAAAGCCAAUGAUAGUAGUGACAAUCGAAUACCGUUUGGGAAUAAUGGGCUUCUUAAGUACCGUCGACCAAAAUGCAAUGGGAAAUGCCGGUUUAAAGGAUCAACAAUUGGCAUUACAAUGGAUUCAAAACAACAUCGCGAAUUUUGGCGGAGAUCCCAACAGAGUAACAAUUUAUGGGCAAAGUGCUGGUUCUGUUUCGAUAGAAUACCAGAUUUUAUCUCCAAAAAGUGCAGGUUUAUUCAGCCAGGCAAUUGCCAGCAGCGGAAGUACCCUCAACGAAUGGGCAUUUAUCAAAAAUCCCUUGCAACUUACCGUCAGACUUGCACGACGCUUUAAUAUAACAUCCAAUGAUACAAAGCAAAUUGUUUCUAGUUUACAACAAAUCAGUUGGGACGCACUGGUUCGCAAUAGUGAAGUUUAUGGAAGAUUCGUACCAAGCGUUGAGGCAGAGAGUUCUGACGCUUUUAUGAGCCAGAGCACUUAUGAUCUGUGGAGCGCUGGAAAAUUCAAUAAAGUCCCUUUUCUGAGAGGAUACAAUAGUGAAGAGGGCGCGUAUGGCAGACCUUUUUAUACGCAAUAUGGUAACAAUUCCAAAACGGUAAUUCCUGCUGGACUUAACAUGAAUCUGAGUUCGUCUGAAGCUGAUGAAGUUGUCAAUGUUAUAAGCGAGCGGUACUUCCCUGGAAAAAGUUAUACCAACUUUACAAACGCCAUUAAUUUUAUGACCCAACAGUAUUUUGUCAAGGGUAUAAGGAAAGUAGCACGCGACUACGUAAACUCCUCAACGCCCUUGUUUUUCUACAAAUUUACUUACGUUACUAAGGAAAAUUACACGAGAGGUGUAAUCGGUGGCGCUGGGCAUGCAGAAGAAAUAGUUUACGUGUGGUAUUCAAGAAAGUUACUAAAUGAUGAAGAUGUGUUAAUGAAGGACCGUAUGACCACAUUACUGGCGAAUUUCAUCAUUAAUGGACAUCCAACACCUGAAAAGGAUCCCGUGCUUCAAAAUGUAAGUUGGCCUGAAGCAUCCGAAGGCAUUCAAAGUGUUGAUGACAUCCGCUAUAUUGAAAUUGGACGUAAUUUGGUACCAGGCCUUAACCCAGACCAUGAAGAUUUUCUUUUCUGGAAGGACUUGUUUAGCAAAUAUGCAAAACCAACGAUAUAUACUUAUUGAAACAUGAAACGCAUGUAUGUUACGUAAAAUUGUCAUUUAAAUGUGUAUACCGAUCAGAAUAUACGUUAUUACACACUGUUUACAAUAUACAGAUAUUUCUUCUAUGCA